AUGAUAAUUGUUUCAUAUGGGAUUCAUAGAUGGAAGCGAUCAGUGCCAAUUUCGAAAUGGACUUCGAAAGUGUUGAAUGCAACAACACGGGUUUCAGCUUGUCAUCAACCACCAUGUGUUGGAAUUUCUUUAUUUCUUUGUCCUACAAUAUACUCUGAAGAUUGUCUUUACCUGAACAUAUUUACACCACUAUUGAGUGAUUCAUCAUCAACAUCUCGUUUACCAGUUAUGAUUUUUAUUGCUGGUGGUGUACUUGGUUUUCUUGAAACGGCAUCUAAACCAAAUGAUAUAAAAGGCAAUUAUGGUCUUCUUGAUCAACGAUUGGCUAUUGCUUGGAUUAAAGCGAAUAUUGAUGCUUUCGGUGGAGACCCUAAACAGAUAACACUAUUUGGUCAAAGUGCUGGAGCACAAUCAGUGGCAUUGCAUCAUAUAACAAGUGAGAUGCAAUCCUGCUUUCAGGCGAAUAUUGUUCAAAGUGCUCCAAUGGCAAUCCUAUUUCGGUAA